AUGACGGGACAGGAAUUCGAACUACGAGAACAGGACAGGUGGCUUCCGAUAGCAAACGUGGCCCGGUUGAUGAAGAACACGUUGCCAACAACGGCGAAGGUGAGUAAGGACGCCAAAGAGUGCAUGCAGGAGUGUGUAUCGGAGUUCAUAUCGUUUGUGACGUCGGAGGCGAGCGACCGGUGUCUGAUGGAGAAGCGCAAGACGAUCAACGGCGAGGACGUGUUGUACUCGCUGCACACGCUCGGGUUCGAGAACUACGCCGAGGUGUUGAAGAUUUAUCUCGCCAAGUACCGACAG